AUGUCUCCUCUCCAGCAGUCCGCCCCUGAUGCCGGAAUCAAGAAAAGGGACGUUGGAGCGAGUAAUCUUUUGCUUGGCGCUAGCUUAAAUAUGUUCGAGGUCACCACACUUGGGCAGCCACUGGAGGUUAUCAAGACCACAAUGGCAGCCAAUAGGUCGGAUUCAUUUAUCACAGCCCUGAGACGCGUUUGGUCGCGAGGAGGAAUUGCCGGUUAUUACCAAGGCCUAAUUCCAUGGGCCUGGAUUGAGGCAUCCACUAAAGGCGCUGUUCUGCUCUUUGUGGCCUCCGAAGUCGAGUAUCAUUCGCGGACGGCUGGUGCCUCCGAAUUCCUGUCCGGCAUCGCAGGAGGCAUGGUCGGUGGUGCGGCUCAGGCGUACGCAACGGUCGGGUUCUGUACCUGUAUGAAGACAGCGGAGAUUACUCGACUGAAGCAAGCAGCAGCCGGGCUGAAACCACCGGGUGCCCUAGAGACAUUUGUUACGAUGUUUCGGACGGAGGGAUUGCGAGGAAUCAAUAAAGGAGUCAAUGCGGUAGCAAUUCGGCAAGUCACCAAUUGGGGGUCUCGGUUUGGCUUCUCCCGACUAGUUGAGGACGCAAUCCGUAGAGCCACGGAUAAAGGGCGCGAGGAGCGACUGGGCGUCGUGGAGAAGAUAUUUGCCUCGGGCGUUGGAGGCGCUCUGGCUAGCUGGAACCAGCCCAUCGAGGUAAUUCGGGUAGAGAUGCAGAGCCUAAAGGCCGAUCCCAACCGCCCCACAAAGCUCAGUAUUGGGAGCACCUUCCGGUACAUAUAUGCGCAAAGUGGGAUACGGGGGCUGUACCGCGGAGUCACGCCACGCAUUGGCCUAGGAAUCUGGCAGACCGUGUGCAUGGUGGCGCUUGGAGACGUGGCCAAGGAAAUGAUCGAAUCUAUAACUCAAAAGCAUACCUGA